CUCCGUGCCCGACCUUCCAGCUCGCAAAGUCGGGCCGCACCAACAGCGGAAACAAGGCAACUCGGGUCACCGUUUCCUUCAAUCGGAAGACAGCUAUAGGGGAAAGGAGCCGCCAGGGAGAAGAAACAGAGCGGAGCGAGGAGCCAUGGCCGCCAGGAAUUUCUUAGCCCGAUCCCCCAAGGAGGAGGAAUCCAGCGCUGCCGUCCGAGAGGCUGUCUUGUUGGGAGGGAAGAACGCCGCCAUUGCUGGUACUGUGGUCGCGGUUCCCACGUUGGUUGCUUGCCGUGUCCUUCCUUGGGCUAAGCAUAAUCUGAACUACACCGCACAAGCACUCAUCAUAUCGGCAGAACGAUGCAGCUGCCCUGAUACCGGGCCAGCCACUAGGGUGGCUCGAUCUUCACGAAUUGGAGGUCGAUUUGAGAAGCAACACAAGAAUCAAGGGCGAAAAAAGGGAAACCAAGAUGAAAAUCAUUCAAAGGACAAGAUCCACUCCAAUUACUCCUCAAAACGCAAGUCAAUCUAAGAGGUGCAUCUUAGAUCCAAGAACAACAGAAGACGCAAAGCCUGUAUCGCUGGCUUCUUCAUCACCGCAGAUAAAACCAUCCUACGGAACGCAAGACAGAACACCAUUGGGAGGAUCGACAAGUCGACUUGAUCCAGGACUGUACAGAACCGAGGCUGAUGCGAAUCGCGUCAAACUCCCCUCUGUUCCAUCCAUGGAUGGUGAUGCACGUACGGCGAUUUUCAGUUUCAGGCUUAUUUUGUACCUAACCUUGCAAUGUAAAGACUAAAGAGAGUUGGUGCCUGCUAGGGCAGUGGACCCCGUUUGCUCCCAAUUGGAAGUGGAAUAAAAGAUGGGAUGCUUAGUUAAAA